AAAGUUUAUGCGCUUACAAGUCUGCCCUCUGAGAUAUUAAAAAAAACCUUUCACCCAAGACGUUUAAUAUAUAUAUGGGGGUAAUGAAUGGUUCGAUCAAGUUUAGAUGAUGAAAAAGUGAUCUUGUUAUAGUUAUUCAUAGUCAGUAUAAGUAUGACUAGCUUUCAUGAUAAAGAAGGAGUAUCAAUUCCUGAAAAAGUAUCAUCAAUUGAUCAAAGCUCGGAAAAUCAAUCCGAUAAUGAAGAUGGUAAUUUGCAACAUAUUAAUAAUAAAUAUGUAUCAUGGAUUUAUAAAUUAGAUGAUUUUGGGAUUGAAACUAGAGGUAUAGAAAGGGUCAGUAGUGAAGAAAGAAGACAAUUGGCUUCCACCAAACCUCGUUAUUAUCAAUUUGUUCAUGUUAUAGGUCUUUGGUUUUCAGCUUGUGGAGGAUUAACUUCAAUGUCAUCAUUCUUUUUAUCUACAUUUUUAUUUGGAUUGGAUAUGAGAAAUAGUAUGGUUAGUGGAUUGAUUGGAAUGGUAAUUGGUUGUUUAGUGCCUGCUUAUUGUUCAACCAUGGGUCCAAAAUCUGGAUGUAGACAAAUGGUUGGUGCUCGAUUUUUAUUUGGUCAAUGGGGAGUUAAAUUCGUUUCUGUGAUUUGUAUUGUGGGUGGUAUUGGUUGGUCAGUGGUCAAUUGUGUAUUAGGAGGACAAUUAUUAAUCUCCAUUAAUCAUAAUAUUCCAUUAUCAGUUGGAAUUGUUCUUAUUUCAGUCAUAAGUUUAAUCAUUGCUAUAUUUGGUAUUAGAGUGGUAUUAAAAUUUCAAACUAUUAUGGCUAUCCCAUUAUUCAUUGCUACAAUUUUAUUUUAUGUGGUUGUAUGUAAGAAAUUAGAUUAUGUUCAUACUGCUAAUCAAUUAGUUCAAGAAAUGGAAUUAUCAAGUUUAACCAUUCGUGGGAAUUGGUUAUCAUUCUUCACUCUUGGAUAUUCAGUUACUGCUACUUGGGGAUCAGGUGCAUCUGAUUAUUAUAUUUUAUUCCCCGAAGAAACACCCGCUUAUCAAGUUUUCUUAGUUACUUUCUUAGGUAUAACCAUUCCAUCAUUAUUUGUUGCUAUUCCAGGGACAUUAUGUGGAGUUAUCGCUUAUGGAUAUCCACCAUGGACAGCUGCUUAUGAUUCAUUUGGAGUUGGUGGAUUAAUUAAUGAAGUUUUCAAACCAUGGGGGAAAUUUGGAUCUUUUGUAGUGGUGAUUCUUUAUAUUUCAUUGAUUUGUAAUAAUAUCAUGAAUACUUAUUCGAUUGCGUUUGAAUUUCAAUUAAUUGAUGUUAAAUUAGCCAUUGUUCCAAGAUGGUGUUGGGCUAUCUUAGUAACUAUCAUUUACAUUGUGUUAAGUAUCGCAGGUAAAGAACAUUUAUCAACCAUAAUAAGUAAUUUCUUACCAAUGUUGGGAUAUUGGAUUUCAAUUUAUAUUACUAUCUUAUUAGAAGAGAAUUUAAUCUUUAGAUCAAAUAUUAAAGUUAGAAGUUUACAUCAUAAAGAAUUCCAAGGUAAAGAAGAAGAUACUAGUUUAUUAUAUAAUUGGGCUAAUUGGAAUAAGCCAAGAGGAAGAACCAUGGGAUUAGCAGCUGCUAUAGCAUUUGCCUUUGGAGUAGUUGGUGCUGUCCUCGGUAUGAAUCAAGAAUAUUAUCAAGGGGUAUUAGCUAUAAAAAUUGGAGUUGAUGGUGGUGAUAUUGGAUUCUGGUUAUCGGGUGCUUUCACUGCUGUAAGUUAUCCAUUAUUCAGAUACAUUGAAUUAAAAAGAUUUGGACGUUAAAUAAGUUAAUUAAGUUAUUAUUAUUACAUAUGAAUUGUAUAUUGAUUUGGUUGCAAAUGCAUCCAUGCCGCGGAUGUAGUAAUAAAAAUAUUAUGAUCUGAUUCUAGACA